AUGGAUUCAGCAAAGAUACAUUUACAGAUUAAUGCUGGAAAAUGUAUUUAUGAUGGGAAAAUGGUAAAACCAGAUAAACGGAAGGGGAAAUUGGUCCUUUACAAAAUUUAUGAUAAUCUUUACAACUUUCAAUGGAUUAAUAGAGAAAAUAACGAAAUUGAGGAUAAUUUGAUAUUAACCAAAAGCAUUUCCUUAGAACGAGUUGAACAAUGUAAAACAGGAAGGGUCUAUAUAUUAAGAAAUAAAACGAGAGGCGAAAUUUCGUUUUAUUGGAUGCAGGAUUAUGAUGAUUCGAAGGACGAAAUUUUCGUUAAGCAAUUUAACUCCAUUAUAACAAAUGAACUAGCAAACCUCGACACUGGAAGUAAACCAUCUAAUACGAAUGAUUAUCUCUCUGAGUUGUCAGGAUUAAUCAUAUCUCAAACGAGAAAUAUGAAUAAAGAUAAUACAAAAAAAGAUAUUUAUUUUAAGGAUAUAUUUAAAGGUGAAUAUUUUUCAAAACUCUUGGAGAUUCCAGAAGCAUUAGAAGAAUUAAAGAUACAUAUGCCCGAAGGAUAUAAAAGCAAAGAAGAUAUUAUAGAUGUGAUUAACAGCAGAGCAUUAAAUCCAAACUUGAAAGCUCUAGAUAUGUCUCUACCUGCACAUUUAAAUUUUGUUCUAAUUUCAUUAAAUUUACCACCUCAUGAAGGAGAAGUAAAUGAUCCUAUGGAAUAUAUUGUUGAUGCUCUGGAAAAAAAAUAUACCAAGGAAGAGAAUAAUUAA